AUGAAGGCAAGAGCAACCCGCACUUCAAGCACAAAGUCUCAACCCACAGCCACAGGCUCCAACAACCCAAACACGAAGAGAAGACUCAAAAGAAAAAGACUACCAUUAAACUGCGGGGAAUGCAGGAAAAAGAAGCUAUCUUGUGAUCGCCAGCUUCCCUGCCACAGAUGCAUUCGCGCAGGCAGACCUGAAGAGUGUUGUUUCGAUACAGAUACCGGAAAACCAGCAUGUGCAAACCCACAGUUUUUACAACAGGAUUCUCAAAGGCAUGGCGAUGAGAUUCGAGAGCUACAGGCUCAAGUUGCUGAGUUGAAGGGGCUGCUGACGAAGUUGACGUCGAGUCGUGAGACUAUACACACUGAGCAACAUACCCUUGUGGCACAGUCUGUGAGUACAACAGUGUCCGAAACACAGAUUGAACCGAGCUCUGUGAGCAAGGGAGAUCACGGAGACAGCGUGGUGGGCAUUCCCAAUCCUGCGAUUCGGCGGCCUAAAGGAUAUUACAAUCAGCACUCCUUGUUCCGGUUCUUUUCAGAAAUCCCUCAACUAUGGCCUUUUAUCGAAGAAACAACGAACCAGUUCCUCAAACCAGUUGGUGUGCAUCUCAACAAGCCAAAAGGCCAAGCUGGUACCGACGCUGCUCUCCCACAAGGAACAAGUUUACGAGAUCUACUUCCCUGUAAAGGUGAUACAAAUAUCUUGACAUCAUAUUAUAUCAACCACCUCUCCUCUAUCCACCGCAUCCUCCACGUACCAACAUUUCAAAGGGAGUGUACCACCUUUUGGAGCACCGCUGAGCCUCGACCAGCCACAGCCAUUCUAAUCUUAUCAAUCCUCUCAAUAUCAGUAUGCCUGAUUAGCACCGACUCCCCUCUCUCCUCUUCCUACCAACACAAACCUCUCCAAUGGAUACGAAUCUGCGAAAGCUGGUUGCUCAAACAGAGCACCAAACACCGCCGACUCAUCCACUACCAAGUCAAAUACCUCAUUCUUAUUGCCAAGCGCGUCAACAUGAUCCGGAAGAAAGACUGGUGGACAGAGUCGGGCUCAUUGGUGCAGGACGCCAUUCUAGACGGAUUCCAUGUUGAGGACGCAAGUGACGGUGUGUACAUGAGAGAGAUGAAGAAGAGACUUUGGUUGGCGGUUAGGGAGCUAGAUUUACAGAGCGGCUUUGAGUUUGGUCUUCCCACUUUGCUACAUAAUGUGGAUGACGAUGCGGACAUUGCGGCGUUAGAUGAUGCAGAGUUUGACGAGAAAACGGAAGUUGGAGAGCGGAACACGAAUGAGUGUAUACCGUCAUUUCAGAUGCUCUGUUCACAGAGCUGGAAGCUACGGCUGCAUAUAUCGCGCUCCCUAGUCACGGGCAUGACAUACGACGAGGUAUUGAGGCACACGCACAAACUUACACAGAUGAUUUAUGCCCUUCCAAGUCAAAAUACCGAGUCUAACAAAACCGAAAGGCAAUGUGUCCUGGAGGAUGCAUUUCUGAAAUUUCAGCUACAAACGUGCAUACUUGCUCUUAACAGACCAUAUCUCGCACAGGGAAAGCACUGGAUGUCUAUGAACGCAGUAUACAUCGUAUCGCAAGACAUGCUCUUACUUAACACGAAGCUAGCGAAACUCGGGCUCCAAACUUUUGCCUUGCUACGCGAAGAUGUUAUGCUUGCAGCUUUGACCUUGACUCGUAUCACACUACACACACAAGAUUCAACAAAUAUUACUACAGCAAACGUAAAAGCCACCACUUCACUCAUAGAAGAAUGCCUCCCCUUCACAGAAGAUAGGUAUCUCCGCUCCUCCGCGAGUGAACCAUGGUGCUACAUCACGCUCUGCUCAGCAAUAAUGUUGCUCAAAAUGCAUACUGAUUCCGAAAACAUGGAGUCUUCAAUGGUGACUUGUGCGCAAAUGUUUUUGGAUCUUCAUUAUCGAUGUGUUGGGCGGCAGAGGGCGUGGCUGCUUCAACGUGAAGAGACCCAUGUGCACACUGGUCAAGACGUAUCAGAAAUGGAUGUGAGUUACGAUGUUUGCGUGAAUCCGUUCGAAUUAGAUAUUGGAUUGGGAGGUGGUUGGGAACCUUGGGGGGCAGCUUGGUCGACACUACCGCUUCAGUAG